GGUCGCCCAGUCACACAAGCCUCGGCUUGAGGCUGAGCAAUGGGGCCGCGGGCCCUUCCGCGGCUCCUGCUCGUUCUUCUAGACUGCUGGGCCUCCGUAAGCGCCCAGGCCGGGACAACCCUGGUGGUAACGACGGAGGGCCUCAACUCCACCAAACCAGUCCCGACGACUCUCCGACCUGUUUUAUCUUCUAAGACCCCUGAGAUCCCCAGGGCUUCCAGGCCCUUCUCCGGCCCCAGACCCGCCCCGGUCACGGACGUUGCUGCUCUGUGUGUCUGUGACUUGUCUCCAGCGCAGUGUGAUGUCAACUGCUGUUGUGAUCCUGAUUGCAGCUCCGUGGAUUUCAGUGUCUUUUCUGCCUGCUCAAUUCCAGUUGUCACGGGUGAUAGUCACUUUUGUAGUCAAAAAGCAGCUGUCUAUUCAUUGAAUUUUACAGCAGACCCACCUCAGAGAGUAUUUAAACUUGUCGACCAGAUCAACCCAUCUAUUUUCUGUGUUCAUAUUACAAACUAUAAACCUGCAUUAUCCUUUAUUAAUCCAGAAGUGACUGAUGAAAGCAGUUUUGAUAAAUUGAUGAAAACACCUGAUGGUUUUUCGCUAAAUCCAGAAUCAGAUGUUUCAACCAGACUGGAUGCUCCCCAAACUGCAAAAUAUGAGUAUGGGGUUCAUCUGCAGACUUCAGAUUCAUUUUUGAGAUUUCCUUCUCCCCUUACAUCAUCUCUGUGCACUGAUAAUAACCCUGCAGCAUUUCUGGUUAACCAAGCUGUUAAGUGCACCAGGAGGAUAAAUUUGGAACGGUGUGAAGAAAUGGAAACCCUGAGCAUGGCUUAUUACAGCAGCCCUAAAAUUUUGAGGGUGCCUGGUUCAGGAAUAGAGGUCCCUGUCACGGUUCAGUCCAUCAUCAUCCGGUCUCUAAAUAAAACACUAACCCGACUGGAAGACACAACAGUACUGAGGGUAUCAAAGCCGGGUGUUGUUGAGGCGGGGCAUAUUGAAAUCUGCACUAACGUCGUUCUUGAGGUGACGUACAGCCUCACAUAUACAGAUGCAGGUGAGGUAAUAAAAGCCGAUCUCUUUCUUCUUCUGGGAGCAGUGAGCAGUACAAUGGUUCCACUCCAGCAAAAGUUUGAAAUUUAUUUUAUUCAGCAAAACGCAAAGCCAGUUCCUCUCAGUGGAAACCCUGGUUAUGUGGUGGGGCUCCCAUUAGUUGCCGGAUUCCAGCCUCAGAAGGGGUCUGGGAUCAUUCAGACCACGAAUAGAUAUGGACAACUUACUCUUCUUCGUAGCACAACUGAGCAAGACUGCUUAGCAGUAGAGGGUAUCCGGGCCCCAGUAUUAUUUGGUUACAACAUGCAGUCUGGCUGUAAACUCAGACUGACCAAAGCUCUCACGUGUCGGCUGGUAGCGCAGAAGAUGAAGAGCCUGCUAAAGGGUCAGGGCUUUCCAGAUUAUGUGGCCUCUUUUGGAAAUUCCCAGGCCCAGGAUGUGCUGGACUGGGUGCCCGUCUAUUUCAUCACCCAGACAUCCCAUGUGAAGACCAACUCAGGAAAUGAAAGGACGAUUCUUAUUUCCACUGCGGUUACUUUUGUGGAUGUGUCUGCACCUGCAGAGGCAGGCUUCAGAGCUCGGCCAACCAUCAACGCCAGGCUGCCCUUUAAUUUCUUCUUCCCAUUUGUUUGAUGUAAGUCGUUAAAUAAGGAAACUACACCAUAUCUGCAAAAUUCAGCACGUGUGGGGUCCAUGGUCCCUCGGAGACAUUCUACUUUAUUAUAACCCUUGAGAUUGCCCCUAGACCAGCACACUUCCUCUCCACUCACUUCCCUCCUCUUGUCUCCCUUCGGGAAUGUCAUUCUACUUGGUCUGACAUUAGAAGGGGGCAUCAUCUGGUCUUAGCCAGUUCCAGUACUCUCAACACAUAAGUCGUAUAUGGAAACCAAGUUGCACCUUUGAGAAGACAAGAGGACAGACCCUCAAGUAGUGCAGGCGUUGAGGGUUUAUCCAGUUUAUUCAUCCCCUGCUUUAAAUGUUGAGUUAUUUUUAAAAUAUUAUUUUUAG